AUGGUUGCGGAAGGAAAUCAGCGUAAAGUAACCAUCAUCGCUAUCACUGUACCUUUCCCCCGGAGAAAUGGACUGAGUCAACACACUUCUACAAAUGCCAUCCGUGCGAAGAGAACGAUGAGCUUUGGACUUGGGAAAAACAGAGCCCGGCCGAGUAGCGCGGCAGGUAAACUGUUAAAACUGACCAACAUAAUAUCGGAUCAGCUGGAAGCCCCUCCUUUUGUUAAAGUUCGGGGGAUUAUAUGCCUAACUCGGUGUUUGAUCAUGAUGAGAAGUAGAUCCAGGGAGGCUGUUCGUAGCCACGAGCAUUUGGCGUUAAGCAAGAAUCGAGCAGAAUACUUUGAGGGCGCCAAGGCACAACGAUUACGCUCCGCCAUCACUGUUGCCUUCGUGUCGGCAGGAACGGGGAAAAGGGGUUUAGACCAACGUGUGAAUCAGUCUAUGUUACUUGUCAUUGCGCCGAAUCCCCCUUCCCCUCGAGAGACUAGGGCAGAGACCGCAGUUGUGACAUAUCUGCGACAAUGCACGACCAACCGGCCGAGUCUGGGUAGUUUGAAAGGGGAGGACGAGGAGGUUGGUGCAAUGGUGAAGGAACGUCAUCAGAUUGUUUUUGAGAUCAAGGAGACGCUUCAUGGCUUAUUAGGCUCAUUUUAUGAUCAACUCUCGUUAUCAACGUCGCAGCAGCCAUUCACGACCAUGGACACAUCAAAAUCGAUACUCAUGAACACGAGCGUUGCUAACUAUACCAGCUAUAAUGUUUCGAAGAUGGCAAAAGGGUCAGAGGGUGUGCCGGCGGACGUUCGUCGACAUGUUGAACGGCUAUUGCUGCGUUUAGAUUUCAACAAUGGUUUCUCAAAUCCUCGUUCAAUUGCGAAAUGA